AUGGAUUUUGAAACCAAACCAAAUCUGAAUGAGAAUCAGCAGCCUCAAUCGGUACAAUCAUCAUCGUCACCGAAUGUAGAUAAUUCAUCUUUAGACCAUCCAAACUCUCACCCAACUGUAAAUCAUGUUAUUCAUGAAGAAAAUGGAAAUGAUGAUGAAGGGAGAUAUACUCAUGAUGAAAUUCAUCUAAAUAAUCAUCACAAUCAUAGUAAUCCGUUGACCGCUGGUAGUAAAGUUUGUGGAGCUGCAUUUAAUACCAUGCCAAUUUAUGAUCCACAAGGCAGCUUAGUUGGUCUACAAGCAUCAACAGAUAGAAAUUUGUUGGAAGAUUUCGAUAACGAAGGAAGAAAUGAACCUCUUGGGUAUAGUACAUAUUUAGAAUCUGGUUUUCAUCAUCAUCAUCUUCAUAAUCAGUAUAAUUUGGCUCUUCAACAAAAUGCAAAUAUGGUUCCAGGUGAAUAUAAUUUACCAUAUGGAGCAUAUGCUUUUAAAUCUCAAAAUCGUCAUUUGUUUACACCGCUACCAUGUCAACAGCAACAACAACAACAAUAUCACCAACCAAAUUAUUCUUUUCUCCAUAACUAUCAACAAGCACAAUACCAGCAACCACAGAAUCAUCAACAAACUCAUUACGUUCACCAGUAUCAACCUCAAGCAGCUAAGACACUUCUAGUUAGGUCUGCUUCAGGCAUCAUUGGCAUAGAUCAAAAUAACCAUAAUAAUCCUGAUGCGUUUAGACCAUUAUCUAAUGAAACAUUUGACAAAUGUCCUAUAGUUUGUAGUCUAUUCGCCAUAUUGUGUUGUCCAAUUACCAUAUGGUGUUCAUUACCAGCUUUAGUUUAUUCGCUAUGUGCCUAUAGUGAUUAUCGUGCCUCAGAUAUUAUUCAGUAUCGACGUAAGAGUGACGUCUCAAGGCAUUUAGUGAUUACAGCAUGUAUAGUUGGUUUAUUAUUAUGUAUAACAUGGGCAAUUUUAACAUUCUUUUACUAUGAAUUAAUGUUAUCAGUAUUUAAUGAUAUUAUACGUGUAAUUUCUCAGAGAAUACGAUCCGGUAUAUAA